UAUAUGAAGUUAGUUGAGUGUAGUAAUGGUGAGGAUUUUGACAGGAUUUUGACUGAGAAAUGCUAGAAUUUGCUCGUUUAGAAUGCCAAAACGCAACAACAGAGUUCCGAAAGAAUCUGAUAGAGAAAGAAGACCUCCAGAAUUGACGCUAGCAAGCUUUCUGAGCGGUUCCUUGGCUUCACAAACUUCAGUUGUUAGCGAAGGAGCUUCUUCCGCAGAUCAACUGGAUUUUGUAGGAACGAGGUCAACUUCAAAAGAGGAGGAAAAAACAAACGAAACUAUUGGAUUUGCCGUCAAACGCACAAAGAAAGGGAAGAUUCCAAUUUCGUACGAAAAUCGCGCCAAAGGGAAGAAGGUCACAGUUGUAAGUAACGUUACCGGCGAUCCUGGCAUUUUAUUACAAGAACUUAAGAAGAAAAUCGGAGCUGGUGGAGUCGUUAGAGGGGAGACUGUGGAGAUACAGGGAGAUCAUCAAGUUUUGGUGGAGAAGUUUUUAACUGGCCAUCCCUGUUUGAAAUAGAAGCCUUUAUUAGAGAGU